UUUUAUUUUACAUUUUAUAUAGAUCAAUCUAUAUUUUAUAUUCACAUGUUCAGUUAAACGAGGAAUUAAGAAUUCAAUUGGCGCCAAGCAAUCAUAUCAAUUCUGAAUUCAAGAAUCUAGCUCCAGUUCGACCUAUAAUAUCUAUUUUAUUUUUUUAAAUAUCUUAAUAGUUUUUGCAAAAAGUUUGUAUUAAACUGAUAAAAUUCUGUAUUUUUGAAAACGUCUUUCACUUGUAGAUGAUCAAGCUGUCUUUGUGGUACAAUGUAGGCCCUAUAAGGAAAAUAAUUAAGUUUUAAAGCUACAUUAAUUAGGUUUUAUUGAUCUAUCAAUUAAAACACUUUCUAAUAACAAUGCAAUUAUGCUACAUCAUCCAUCAGACAAAGUUCCUUGAUCUGAAAAUCGCUUGCCAAAUCAGAUUUUUACUCAUGGACUUGUAAAACAAGUGUUGUAAACAAGUGCAUGGUUUUCCAGAGCCCUGAUCAUGAAUUACUAGGCUAGUGGUGACAUACAAAUAAAAUUAAAUUCUUUCAAAUAAUUAAAAUAAGCUGAUUCAUGUUAUAAACUGAAUAAUAAUUACAUGUAUAGAUCUAUUUAAUUUAUCUAUCUGGCAAUUUUUUUUAAAGAUGGGACGAAAAGCCCCUAAAAGACAUGUGGACGUGGACAAGAGCCACUUAAAUGAUGAAGUCCUGAAGAAAAUGAAAGUCGACAGUCAGGAACAUCACACUCCUUGUCUAAAAAAGAUGGAUUUUGUGUGGGCUUCAUUGCCAAGAUGUGCAGUUCUAUGGCCUGUCCAGGUUACAGAAAUUCACCCGAACCACAUUACAGUAUGGGUAAAUUCUGAUGAUGCAGACUGCACUACUAAAGAAGAGGAUGAAAGAAACCUCAAGAUGUUUUCUUAAGGAUCUGGAAUGGGCAUUUGGUGCGAGAUUAACAUCUGAUGCACAGCAGACCAGUUUAACAUCGGAUGCACAGCAGACCACUUUGACAUCUGAUGCACAGCGGACCACUUUGACAUCUGAUGAACAGCAGACCACUUUCCCAUCUGAUGCACAGCGGACCACUUUGACAUCUGAUGCACAGCGGACCACUUUGACAUCUGAUGAACAGCAGACCACUUUGACAUCUGAUGCACAGUGGACCACUUUCCCAUCUGAUGCACAGCGGACCACUUUCCCAUCUGAUGCACAGCAGACCACUUUGACAUCUGAUGCACAGCAGACCACUUUCCCAUCUGAUGCACAGCGGACCACUUUGACAUCUGAUGCACAGCGGACCACUUUCCCAUCUGAUGCACAGCGGACCACUUUGACAUCUGAUGCACAGCAGACCACUUUGACAUCUGAUGCACAGUGGACCACUUUGACAUCUGAUGCACAGCGGACCACUUUCCCAUCUGAUGCACAGCAGACCACUUUCCCAUCUGAUGCACAGCGGACCACUUUCCCAUCUGAUGCACAGUGGACCACUUUCCCAUCUGAUGCACAGCAGACCACUUUCCCAUCUGAUGCACAGCAGACCACUUUGACAUCUGAUGCACAGCGGACCACUUUCCCAUCUGAUGCACAGCAGACCAGUUUAACAUCGGAUGCACAGCGGACCACUUUCCCAUCUGAUGCACAGCAGACCACUUUCCCAUCUGAUGCACAGCAGACCACUUUCCCAUCUGAUGCACAGCGGACCACUUUCCCAUCUGAUGCACAGCAGACCACUUUAACAUCUGAUGCACAGCAGACCACUUUGACAUCUGAUGCACAGCAGACCAGUUUCCCAUCUGAUGCACAGCGGACCACUUUCCCAUCUGAUGAACAGCAGACCACUUUGAUAUCUGAUGCACAGCAGACCACUUUGACAUCUGAUGCACAGCAGACCACUUUCCCAUCUGAUGCACAGCAGACCACUUUGACAUCUGAUGCACAGCGGACCACUUUGACAUCUGAUGCACAGCAGACCACUUUGACAUCUGAUGAACAGCGGACCACUUUGACAUCUGAUGCACAGCAGACCACUUUGACAUCUGAUGCACAGCAGACCACUUUGACAUCUGAUGCACAGCGGACCAGUUUCCCAUCUGAUGCACAGCGGACCAGUUUCCCAUCUGAUGCACAGCAGACCACUUUGACAUCUGAUGCACAGCAGACCACUUUGACAUCUGAUGCACAGCGCACCACUUUGACAUCUGAUGCACAGCGGACCACUUUCCCAUCUGAUGCACAGCAGACCAGUUUAACAUCGGAUGCACAGCGGACCACUUUCCCAUCUGAUGCACAGCAGACCACUUUCCCAUCUGAUGCACAGCAGACCACUUUCCCAUCUGAUGCACAGCGGACCACUUUCCCAUCUGAUGCACAGCAGACCACUUUAACAUCUGAUGCACAGCAGACCACUUUGACAUCUGAUGCACAGCAGACCAGUUUCCCAUCUGAUGCACAGCGGACCACUUUCCCAUCUGAUGAACAGCAGACCACUUUGAUAUCUGAUGCACAGCAGACCACUUUGACAUCUGAUGCACAGCAGACCACUUUCCCAUCUGAUGCACAGCAGACCACUUUGACAUCUGAUGCACAGCGGACCACUUUGACAUCUGAUGCACAGCAGACCACUUUGACAUCUGAUGAACAGCGGACCACUUUGACAUCUGAUGCACAGCAGACCACUUUGACAUCUGAUGCACAGCAGACCACUUUGACAUCUGAUGCACAGCGGACCAGUUUCCCAUCUGAUGCACAGCGGACCAGUUUCCCAUCUGAUGCACAGCAGACCACUUUGACAUCUGAUGCACAGCAGACCACUUUGACAUCUGAUGCACAGCGCACCACUUUGACAUCUGAUGCACAGCGGACCACUUUCCCAUCUGAUGCACAGCAGACCACUUUCCCAUCUGAUGCACAGCGGACCACUUUGACAUCUGAUGCACAGCGGACCACUUUGACAUCUGAUGCACAGCAGACCACUUUGACAUCUGAUGCACAGCAGACCACUUUGACAUCUGAUGCACAGCGGACCACUUUGACAUCUGAUGCACAGCAGACCACUUUGACAUCUGAUGCACAACAGACCACUUUGACAUCUGAUGCACAGCAGACCACUUUCCCAUCUGAUGCACAGUGGACCACUUUCCCAUCUGAUGCACAGCAGACCACUUUCCCAUCUGAUGCACAGCAGACCACUUUGACAUCUGAUGCACAGCGGACCACUUUCCCAUCUGAUGCACAGCAGACCACUUUCCCAUCUGAUGCACAGCGGACCACUUUCCCAUCUGAUGCACAGCGGACCACUUUCCCAUCUGAUGCACAGCAGACCACUUUCCCAUCUGAUGCACAGCGGACCACUUUGACAUCUGAUGCACAGCGGACCACUUUGACAUCUGAUGCACAGCAGACCACUUUCCCAUCUGAUGAACAGCAGGAGACAGGUAGCAUGGAAUGCCAUGAUCUUGACUGGCUUAUUGCAGAGACUGCUUCAGAUAUACAUGAUCCUGACUGGCUUAUUGCAGAGACUGCUUCUGAUAGUGGUGACAGUGAAGAGAGUGAAGGUAGUGAAGAUAGUGAGGUGUAUCCCAUGUUGUCUAGAAAUAUUGCCAAAAAGAGCAAUACACCUUCAAAUAAUGUACCACAGCAGGAAAAGACAGAUAGAACUGCUGAGUCAAACAUUGAGAAUGAGCCUUCAUAUGAUCAUAGCACUGAAAGUGAAAGUGAUAUUGAAGAAGAAACAGUGCUUAGAGAUAAAAAAAAGCCAAAGUUGUACAUCAAGAAAGUCAUGAAGUCUGACACUUCUAAAACUGGAACAAAGAAAAAAGUGAAUAGGGUGUAUAACAGUUAUCAAUUUUGUUCUGUUUGUGGUAUCAAGGUUUCCAACUUUGCACAGCAUUUAGAAAGAAACCAAGUUAAACAUGAAGGUGUCUCAUCUAUAAAAGAGAUCAAAGAAGAAAAAGAUCAAAAGAAAAAAAACAGACUCCGUACAUUGAUCAGAGCCCGUUUUAAUCAUGAAUUCAACAUGAGAAACAUAAAACGGGAAAAAGGAGAAAUACUCCUGGAAAGACGUCCAACCUCAUCAUUCAUUUUGUCAGAUUAUGGCCCCUGUCCUGCUUGUUUACUCUGGAUGGGGAAAAAAUUGAUACAGAAGCAUCAGAAGACAUGUCCUGCAAAGACCAAGGAUAUGGAAACCACAAAAACAACCUCAGAAUUAUUAACCGCAUCUGAUACAAUUUGUCAAAGGAUUGAACCAAUAGCAAGUAAAAAACUUGUAAAAGAAGUAUUCCAAAAAAUGAAAAUGGACGAGGUAGGAAAGGCAGCAAGGGAUGAUAUUCUCAUAGUACAAUUAGGAAACCAAUGGAUGGAGAAAAAUAUAGGUAACAAAUUGAAGCGUGGAAAUUAUACUGCAGAAAUCAUUCGACUUGUGUCUAGGUUACUUCUGAACCUCAAAGCUAUUAAACCACUUCCCUUAGGUCCUAAUGGUGAAAAAAGAACAUUCUGGGACUACUUAAAACCAGAACAUUUGGAAGCGAUCGUGACAGCAACCUUAUCUGUUGCAUCCCCGUCCACAUAUGAUGAAGACAAUUUACAACACCCAAGCAACGCAAUCAAACUAGGCUUUGACAUAAAACGCUUGAUUUGUGGGAAAAUUGGGUUGGCGAUUAUACAGGGCGACAAAGCAGCACGUGACGAUGCGGAAAACCUCCUCAGAGCAAUGAAUAUAUACUGGGCAACACGAGUCACAAAAUUAGCCAGAGUACUUUUGCAGCAGAGAAUAUACAGAAAAAGCCAUAAACUGCCAGUGCCUGAAGACAUAAGAAACCUCAGCCUUUAUCUGAAGGCUAAGAUUGCAGAUAUGGAUUUGUCAAACAAAAGUCUGGACAAUUUUCGUAGUGUGGGGGAAAUUGUAUCUGCCAGAUUGCUUAUGUACAAUCGAAGGAGACCUGGCGAGCUUCAGGCAAUUGGAUUGACAGACUAUAGGGAACGAAAAAGGGGUGAUGAUGCCAUGGAUGCUGGGCAUUUGGUUGGAGGUUAUACUGAGUUUGAAAAGAAACUGUUGGAGAACCAAGUUGUUAUCACAGUGCGAGGAAAGACAGGAAAAGGUGUACCUAUUAUUCUUCCAAAUGAUACCAUGUCAGCCAUGGAAUACCUGACAGAUGAGGAUACCAGAAAGUGUGCAGGGAUUGAUGAAAAGAACAUCUAUGUAUUUGCCUCAAAAGGCGAAGGUGUAGUCCGUGCAUAUGAUGCACUAGCAAAAGCAUGUAACAACGCAAACCUGAGCGAUCCAAAAACCAUAACAAGUACUAACCUCAGAAAAUACAUGGCAACAAUAACACAGGUUCUGGAUCUUAAACCGAACGAAAUGGAAUGGGUCAUUAACCACAUGGGCCAUUCACUUGAUGUACACAAGAUACAUUACAGGUGCACCAGUGGUGUAUUGGAGAGAACACAAAUUGCAAAAAUACUCCUACUCCAGGACCAUGACCGUGUGGGGGAGUUCAGGGGCAAGUCACUACAAGAAAUCCAAAUGGAAGACCUGGUCAAGGAAUCAUCAUCUGAAACCUCACCCAUAGAUGAUGCAGAUGAUACAGAAGCUGCGUUGGGGAAUAAAUUACAUGAUGUAGUGGGUAAUGAAAACGACCCAUAUGAUUUUGCAGUUUUGGACAUUGCCGAAAAAUUUGAGGAGGAAUUUGAGGCAAGACCAGUAGUGAAGCGGAAGAAACCUGUUAUAACUCGCCGUGAAAGGUGGACGCAAGAAGAAGAAGAAGAAAUCAAAAUGCUUUUCAAAAAACAGCUGGCGGGGAAAGUUAGACCUACUCCACGUGAAUGUGCAAAAGCUAUUGCCCAAAGCAAGGCAAACGGAGGAAUACUCUUCAAUAGGAAGAAAGACGUGUUGAAGAAAAAACUAUUCAGAAUUGUGGAUAAUCUGAAGAAGGUCCGAGCUUAACCUUCUGAAACCUUUCAAUAUUAUUUACAGUGGUUGUGUUAGUUUUUGUCUCGCCGCGCUUUAGUCUAUGUUUCAAGCAAGCCAUUAAUUUAAUAGUGGUGCUAGGAUGCUAAAAUUUCACAUGGGGUUUCUCUAGGAUGUAUCCAUCAGUGCUUUAAAGCCAAAAGAGCAAAGUUUUAGUUUUUGAUUCAAGCAUGCCAUUCAGUUAAUAGUGGUGCUAAGGUGCUGAAAUAUUACAUGGGAUUUCUCUAUGGGGUAACCAUCACUAAUUAAAUUUUUUCAAUUUUGACCAUGUUUUGGACCUAACUUGCGUUUAGCUGAAAUGUUUAGUUUUUAAUUCAUGCUUGAAUAGCCAUUUAAUUAAUAAUGGCGCCAGGAUGCUGAAUUUUCACAGGGGGUUUCUCUAUGGGGUAACCAUCAGUGCUUUAAAACCAAAACACCAAAUUUUUUAAAAAUAAUUUCAAAUUUUACCAUGUCUUGGACUUAUAAACUUGCGUUUAGCUCCAAUGUUAAGUUUUUAUUCCAACCUUGCCAUUCAAUUCAAUUAAUAAUGGUGCCAGGAUGCUGAUAUUUCACAUGCGGUUUCUCAAGGGGUAAUCAUCAGUGAUUUAAAGUCAAAACAGCGAUUUUUUUUCUUUACCAAUUUUAACAUCUUUUUGACCAUGUUUGGGACUUGACUUUUUAGGGCAAAAUUUCUAGUAUUUAGAUCCAAUAUUAACCUUUUGUUAAAAGUUUUUUAUUUAUGUUCAUACAUAUACAGAAAAAGCUGGCGAGACAUAAUUACACGUAAUUCUUGUUGUUAAAAUCAAACAGUUUGUGGACCAGGGAUAGGUCUAAAUUUUUAUUGUGAAAUCUACAACCAUUUGAUGUUACUUUUUAUAGUUGUGUUUGUUUUUCGCUCGUUUGGCCAAAGGAGCAAUUGUCAUGACAUGUUUAUGAGGCUAUAAACGCCUUUUUCUUGAGAGAUGUGGUGUCACCAGGACAUUGCCAUUUCAAAAUAUGACAUCAUAAUACAAAAUUAAAAUAGACCUAUGAACUACUCUGAACUGUGUUGGAAAAUCACGAGGUUAUAUGAUUGGCUGUCCUGUUAACCGGCAAGCAUCUCGUUGGAUGGAGGUAUUUUUCCCACCUUAAAAGGAAAUGUGUGAUUUUGCAUAUGUAUUUUGUAAAAAAUGAAACCUAUAAUCAAUAGACUGGUAUGUUUACCAACCAACCUUUGUCCUUCUCCAUAUGAAACCUACAAACUUCCAUGGUUGUGCUUUUUAGCUCACCUCGACGAAGGAGAGGGGGAGCUUAUGUUGUCACCCCGGUGAUGGCAUCGUCGUCAUAAUUCAGGUUCAAGUUUUGGUGAAAGUUUCUAUUUUCUCACCUAUUUCAGCUUAGAGCUAAAUAAACUUUUAUGAUUUUAUUUUCCUACUGUGUUUUAGUUCUAAACGGGAUACUGGGACCAAUUUGGGGUCCAUCAGGGGUCUGUGGGCCAAUUACUGAGCCAUUUAAGUUGGCGUCACACUUCAGGGUAAAGUUUUGGUGAAAGUUUCUAUUUUCUCACUUAUUUCAGCUAUGAACUUCAUAAACUUUUACUUUUUUACUUGGUAUUGGUUCUAAACAGGAAACUGGGACCAAUUUUUGGUCCAUCGUCUGUGGUCCCAAUUACUUAACCAUUUUUCAUUGUUAAAGUUUUGGUGCAAGUUUUUUUGUUCUCACUUAUUUCAACUAAGACCUUCAUAAACUUUUAUGAUUUCAUUUUCCUACUAUGUAUUGCCGCUUAACCGGAUAAUGUAGUUAUUUUGGGGUCUGUAGGACCAAUUACUUGCCCAUUGUUAGCUCUCCUCGGCAAAUUAUCUAAAGCACCAAUUCAAAAAAUGUGGGAAGAGGCGAGCUCUGCUGUUCUCCAACAGCUCUUGUUUUUUUAUUAAAGUGAAAAAAUAUCACAAAAAGAUGUAAGUGAAAUGUCUUUCAAAAUUAAGACUUAUACCAUAUUUUAAUGCUAAAUGGUUUCAUGAAAUCUCUUUCUGAUGAACAUGAUGAAAAUGUUGAAUUUUUGAAACCGUCUUGUUUGUUAUUGUUAAUGGUGCAGGUUUUAUCUCAUUCUGUAUACUGCAAAAUAAUUGCCUUUUAUAAAUACUGCAUAUACUACUACAUCCCCAUUUUUGGUAUUAAAAUUGGUGAAUUUUGAAAAUCAUGUAACAUUCUUUUCUUUGCACUUACAGAUGAACAUUUAUCAUGUAACAGUAUAAAGUUGUUCCACACCUUUUCAGUCAGCAAUCAAAAUUGUUUUCUCUGAGGUGGUGGUACCAACCAAGCCAACUGUUUCAAAUUGGUUGGUAUCAACACCGAGGAAAACUAUAUUGAAUGUUAUCAGAUAAAGGCGUGAAACAACUGUUUUGUUAUCUGAUCAGUGAUAUAUGUAUGUAUAGGAUAUUGAAUAAGUUUUGGUGUAAUAUCAGUUUAUAUACAAUCUGAUUUUACACUCAAGACGCAUGUAAUAUCUGAUUUAUAUCACAACAAAGGUCAACUGAUAUAUAAGGUGUGAUAUAUCAGCAUGUGCAUUUAUAUCACUUCUUGCCAAAUAUCAACAAAAAACAACCACUUCAGAGUUGUAUAACCUAUAGUAGUUGUGAGAUAAAUUAGGAUAUUAAACACACAUCAUUUGUAAAUUCAGUUUAAUGACAGAUCAAAAAUUGUGUCAUUGAUUAAUAGUAUAACGUAAGGUUUGAUAGUGUGACGUAGCUUGUGACCGUGGUUUUAGGGUAGCAUCAUUAAAUGUCAUCAACAGUUAUUCUUAGAAGCAAUCUGUGGGGAAACAGUUGAAAUUUUUCAUACAUCUUUGAAGAUGCCUUUUAUUCAGAGUCGGAUAACAAUCACUACUGCAUUUCUAUUUUUUGGACUAUAGUGAAGCCCUGUUACUCGGGUCUCCUGUACUCCAGAUUUCCCCACUUGUGUGAAAAUUGUUCCUUUCUUGGCACUUGUAUAAUUUAAUUGUAAUACUGUAUUUUAAUUAGAUGAAGCAUCGAAAAAAAAUACAUUUUGUAUUCAAUUCAAAGUAAAAUUUAUCAUUGAUUGUAAAAAAAACCACUUUCAUAUAUGUGCACGUAUGAAUGACUUUUUAGGUUACCCUAGCCGAAGGCUCAUAAUAACCUAUUGAAAUGGGUCUUCAUCAUUCACGGUGCGUUGGCAGUAUAUUUUUGUCUUCUUACUCCCACUUGACCAAUUUGAACCAAAAGGAAGGAUAAUUCUCCUCAUAACUUAACUUCAGGAUAUGGGCUGUUCUGUCCAUAACUAUGGGGUGUAACACUUAACUUCAGGAUAUUUAAGUCAUAGUGUACACAUAACAGACAGGUAUCUCUGAGGAGAAUUAUCCAAGAUGUCUGGGCUGUUCUGUCCAUAACAAUGGGGUGUAACAUUAACUUCAGGAUAUGUAAGUUGUAGUGUACACAUAACAGACGGGUAUCUCUGAGGAGAAUUAUGCACACCUAUUGUUAAACAAUACAUCUACUGUAUCCAUAUUAUUUUUUAUAUUUCUAACUUCAUGUUUACAGAUUAUCUGUUAACAUGGUGAUGAUAGUAUGCUACACAGUACUACUGCAUGUUCAUUAUUGUUUUCCAAACUACAGGAAAUUUUUCAUCAAUUUACACUGCUUUGCAUGAUGUCUGAUUUAGUUGUAAUUAAGUCUACUGAUAUGAACUACUGUUUUUUGGAUAUAGCUCUGCAUGAUAAUCCUUUACACAAGAACACGAUAUGGGAAGCUUUUAACGGAAUCUUUAGUUGUAAAAUGCAGCACAGAUGGUAAACUCCCAAGAGUGUUUCUUUGUAAACUCUUUCAACAGUAUAUAGUUAAUCUUUCUUGAAACGUUUUUUUUUGCCCAAGUUCAACAUGCUAAAUACGUUUCCUUAUCAAUUCUUUAUAAUUGAUUUUAAUUAAAUGAAGCAUACUACAAAUAUUGUAAUUGCUAUGACUUCAAAAUCAUUGUUUAUCAUGCAAGAAAUUAUGUACUCUUAUAGAUUGUUUAUCGUUAAAGAAAUUGUGUAUAUGUAAUUCACAUUUUUGUCUUCUCAGAAAUAAAUCACUGGACCAAUUCCAAUCAAUAUGACAAUUUUCUCAGGCGUUAUUGAAAGUAUCAUACACAAUAAACUUGCUGGGAAUUACACAAAUGUUUUUUAUAUACUAUAUUCAUUGCAAGGUCAUGUUUAAGGUCAAGGUCACAGACACAUUAAUGCUGGUUAUGUUAAUAACAUUAAGAAGUUCUGUCAACAAACUGAUUAUUUGUGUAUUGUUUUGAUAGUGAUUACAUUGUCAUGUAUCAUGUAUUUUAAGCCUACGGCUGCUAACUAAACCUUCAAUGCAUACUUUAUUGCUAGUUAUAAGAUUUUUUUCAGAAUGCAUUUACCUAUAUUUACCAUACCAGUGGUUAUUCACAAAAAAUAGUUUGAUAACAUAGAUGAUACAUAUACAAUGUUUUGUUAAUCAAAUAGAAAUAUCCAUAAUAAUAUUGCUAUGUUGAUUGUCUUGACUUUUAGAUCUAUACUAUAUCUUCUAAUUGCAAUUCUUGAAUUAAAUGACGAUUUUGAUAAUCCCGAGAUAUUUUGAACUUGUGUUGUGACAAUGUCAUAUUAACACUGAAUACCCAAUCAAAUAAAAGUGAUUUACAGUACACAACA